AUGAGAAAGGAGGUUUCAAGUGUGGCGAUAAACCUGCCAAAGAUAACGCUGGCAAAAUUUGAUGGUGAUUACCAGAAAUGGCCUUCCUUUUACGACCUUUUUAGAUCCCUGGUUCACAAUAACGAAACUCUUCCAGCAGUACAGAAAUUACAAUAUCUAAAGUUGCAUCUUACUGGGGAGCCCGAACAAUUGCUAAGAGCUUUUCAGGUAACAGAGGACAACUAUAUGGCUGCAUUCAACAUGCUAAAGGAGCGUUACGACAACAAGCGGGUGCUAGUCAACACGCUAUUGAAACGGCUUCUUGGCCAGGCGAUCGUGCACCAGGAAUCAGCCAUUGCAGUGAGGAGGCUUUUAGACACAACAAAUGAAUGCUUACAAGCUCUCACUAAUCUACAAAUUGAUGUGGAAGGCUGGGAUCCAAUUACAGUGUACCUCAUAGUCCAGAAGCUACCAAUGGAAACGCAUCAGCUUUGGGAACAAAACAUAAGCGUCGAAAAGCAGCUACCAACUUGGCGACAGCUUGAAAACUUUUUAGAAACAAGGUUCCGCACAUUGGAGGCAAUAGCAGCUAGAAAAUUAUUUGCAGGUUCAAGGAGUCAAGUACAGAACGACUCAAACCGGAACAGGGGCAGCACUUCAUUUCAUGUUGCUACAUCUGGGUCAACAAAUAAUGGUGCUUCAUGUCCGUUUUGUCGAGCCGCACACACGAUAAGAAAGUGUAAGGCCUUUUCAAGAUUGGGUCAAAGUAAGCGAUUGGAGGCAGUAAAAACUAGGGGGCUUUGCAUAAAUUGUUUGAAGCCUGGACACAUGAUGACCACUUGCCCAAGCCAGCAGAGCUGCUACAGGUGUCACAAACGUCACCAUACAUUACUACACCGAGAGGAUGAAGGAGAGCGAACCUCAUCGCAAGUUACAACUACACCACAAGUACAUGCGCACCACGCCGCACAUACUCCACAGCAAGCGGUAGCGGUGGCGCCAGAGUUGUCCACUUUGGCACCAGUCUUUGUACCCGGCAGUCAUAACGUCCACACAUGCGGCACGGCUGCCAAUUCCAGACAACGGGUCUUGCUAGCUACGGCAUAUAUCAGAGUUGUUUCACCUACUACGGGCCGAUAUCAAAGAGCUAGGGCGCUGAUUGAUCCCGGCUCACAAAGUUCGUUUAUAACAGAGUCAUUGGUGCAAGGCUUAAGUUUAAAGAAGGAGAGGAUAGUCGCUGACAUACACGGUGUAUCACAAACAAAUAUUGGCCAAUCAUUGGCUAGGGUCAAAGUAAUAAUUGAAAGUGCAAAUGGCUCUACAGGAGUACAGGUGUCGGGUUUAGUGCUUAAAAGAUUGACGAACUUGUUACCAGAGCGAGACAUCUUCGUGCAAGAGUGGCCACACCUGAAUGGAUUAACUUUAGCUGACCCCGAAUAUUUCAAGAUGGGAAAAAUAGACGUGCUCAUCGGUGCUGACGUUUUUGGCCAAAUAAUAUUAGACGGUUUAAGGAAGGGUCCGUUUGGCGCACCGAUUGCCCAGAACACGAUUUUCGGCUGGAUCCUGUCCGGAACUAUAAAGCUACAAGAUGUUCCAACAAUAAUGAUAAACAACUUCCAUAUGCAGUCGGAUUUAAAUGAAACUCUGAAGAGGUUCUGGGAACUUGAAGAAAUACCAGAAAAUAAAAUGAUGACUGAAGAGGAGCUAGCAUGCGAGAAACAUUUUUGCAGUACACAUUCAAGAGCUGCAGAUGGACGAUACCAGGUGGAGCUACCAUUCAUAGAAGAAGACCCAAUUGAGAUUGGAAGUUCGAGACACAUUGCAGUUGCCAGACUCUUUGGUAUGGAAAAACAGUUUUGCAAAAAUCGACAACUCCAAGAGGAUUAUAUCAAGUGCAUUAAUGAAUAUAGCAACAUGAAUCAUAUGCAAAGGGUGGAACCAAUCGAGUUGAGAAAUGAAAGUCAAAAGAUCAUUUCCAAUUAUUUACCGCAUCACGGUGUCAUCAAGGAGAGUAGCUCCACCACGAAAUUAAGAGUUGUUUUCGAUGCGUCGCGACCCACAUCCAACGGCUCAUCCUUGAAUGACAAGAUGAUGAAGGGCCCAGUCAUCCAAGACGACCUGGCCACUCUUUUGCUCCGAUUUCGAAAAUAUAAAGUUGCCUUUACAGCCGAUCUCGAAAAAAUGUAUAGACAAAUCAAACUUGCACCUAAACACACCAAUUAUCAGCGAAUAGUUUGGCGAGAAUCACCUAGACAACCUAUUUGUGAUUAUAAAUUAACUACCGUGACUUUUGGCACUAAAUCCGCACCCUUUUUAGCUACGCGAGUGUUACAGCAGCUGGCUACAGAUGAAAGGAUCAGAUAUCCUUUGGCAUCACAAGCAACAUUAGAGUCCUUUUAUGUUGACGAUUUGCUAUCUGGCGCAGAUUCACUUGAAGAAGCACUACAACUUCAGAAACAACUCAUCAACAUGAUGGCUUCGGGUGGAUUUUCAUUACGUAAGUGGUCAUCAAAUGCGGCACCAUUACUGCGAGCGGUUCCUAAGGAGCACCGAGAAAUUGAAUGGCCUUUGCAAAUAGAGGAUGCAGAAACGGUAAAGACGCUAGGAGUGCAAUGGGACCCAGCCAAUGACUACUUCUCGUAUAGAAUUACCAAAUUGGAGAAUGGAGCCUCGAAAUGGACAAAGCGAUCGGUUCUAUCAGAAGUGUCUAAGUUGUUCGAUCCGCUUGGUUGGCUGGCACCCUGUAUCAUUUUGGCCAAGAUAAUGAUACAGAAAUUAUGGCUGUCUCGUUCGGGCUGGGACGAUGAUUUGGAAAGGCCAAUACAGGAUGAGUGGCAGAACUACAGAUCCAGUCUUAUAGAAUUAGAAAAGAUCAAGAUUACUAGAUGGUUCAGUUACACCUCGACGGCAUGUAAAAUGGAGCUACAUGGUUUUUGCGAUGCUUCAAUUAAAGCGUAUGCGGCAGUUGUCUAUUUGGUAGUCACAAACGAAAGUGGUAACAGGCAAAUUAGUCUUGUGGCGGCAAAGUCAAAAGUAGCUCCAAUAAAGACGAUUUCUUUACCAAAACUAGAGCUGAGUGGAGCAGCAUUGUUAGCAAAAUUAAUAAGACGGAUGAUCUGCGUUUUGAAAAUUACGAACUGGUCAGAGGUACGGGCCUGGACAGAUUCCCAGAUUGUUUUGGCCUGGCUUCAAGGGCAUCCAAGUAAAUGGACUACUUUUGUGGCAAAUCGAACUGCUGAGAUCCACCAUUUAUUAGGAAAGAAUAUAUGGCGACAUGUACCGUCAAAGCAGAACCCAGCAGACUGUGCUUCGCGGGGUGUUCUACCUUCAGAACUGCCGAAUCUGGACUUAUGGUGGCGCGGACCUGAAUGGUUGAGCAUGCCUGAACAAUUUUGGCCUCAUACAACCACAUGCGAGAGCACCGACGAAGAGGUGCGUAAAUCAGCAACUUGCUACAGUACACUCACUAACGAUCAUCACGAUAACAACAUUCUAGGAUUACAAAAUAGAUUUUCAACAUUUACGAAAUUAAUACGAGUAACUAGCUAUGUGAAAAGAUUUAUGAAUGUUAUUAAGAAAGUCAAGCAUGGUGGCCGUUCUAUAACAGCAACAGAAUUCAAUGCAAGUGUAUUUACAUGGAUACGCAUUGUUCAAGGGCAUCAUUUUGGGCAUGAAAUAUUUCAGCUUCAAAAACGAAAAGUUAUAAAUGGAAAUAAUAGUCUGUCAAAACUAAGCCCUUUUUUAGACGAAAAUGGAAUAUUGCGCAUGGCGGGUCGAUUACGUCACUCAGAAUUAAACUACAAUGAAAGAUUUCCUAUUAUUCUUCCCGAUAAAAGUCCCUUUGUGCGACUAUUGUUGGAAAAGGUUCAUCGCGAAACUUUACAUGGUGGCGCCCAACUUAUGUUGAAUGUGUUAAAUAGGAACUAUUGGAUUAUUGGCGCAAGAAACCAGAUUCGACAAGUGAUACAUAAGUGUAUAACAUGCUACAAACAGCGCGCGGCAGUUCAAACCCAAUUAAUGGGUGAUUUACCAGCUUUUCGAGUCAGGACUGCACGACCAUUCACACAUACUGGAGUUGACUACUGCGGGCCCUUUGAAAUCAAGACUCACAAAGGUAAAAAUCCUAGGAUGUACAAGGCAUACAUUGCAAUUUUCAUAUGCCUCACAGUAAGGGCCAUUCAUAUAGAACUGGUGACGGAUCUUAGUAGUGAAGGCUUCAUCGCGGCUUACAGACGAUUUAGCAGCAGACGUGGCAAAUGUCAAGCUAUCUACUGUGACAACGGCACUAAUUUUGUUGGGGCCAAUAAGGAAAUUGCCAGACAACACAAACAAAUGCUACAGCAAUUAAAAGAAGAGUUGGCGCAGUCGCACGAAAAUGAAGGUGUGGCAUUCCAUUUUAUACCACCGGGCUCACCUCAUUUCGGCGGUUUGUGGAAGGCUGGAGUACGAUCUACCAAGCAACACUUAAGGAGAGUACUCGGCAAUAUCAAAUUAACUUAUGAAGAAUUGACAACUGUUCUAGCUCAAAUUGAAGCCUGUCUAAAUUCUAGGCCUUUAUGCGAGAUCAGCAGAAAUCCAGAAGAUUAUACGGCUCUAACACCUGGGCAUUUUUUGAUUGGCGACGUAAUUGUUACGCCACCUGAACCUUCAAUCUUAGAUCUUGCUGAAAAUCGGCUGAACAGAUGGCAACUGCUUCAAAAGCUGUAUCAAACCUUUUGGACCCGUUGGAGCCGCGAAUAUUUGUGCAGAUUACAACAACGUCCAAAAUGGACUAAAAGACAUGACAAUAUGCAAUUGGGAGACUUGGUCCUCCUAAAAGAUGAAAAUUUGCCACCAAGCAGGUGGCUGAUGGGUCGCAUCAUCGAGACUCACCCCGGUCCAGAUGGACUAGUUCGAGUAGUUACCAUCAAGACGAGGAACGGGACACUAAAACGUUCAAUAGUGAAGAUUUGCCUACUACCAAUACAUUCAAGGGCGAACGAAACCGAAACAUCGCAUUGA